AUGCUCGGCACGACACAACCAUCAGCAUUUGUUCCACCAACAUCCAUGUGGAAUCCAGUGGGUUUCCUCGGUGGUACUCAACCAUUACCCACUCUUCCACCACCACUCAUUCACCCCCAACAUCAACCAUUACAACCACCGAUGUUCAACCUGAGACGAAUGCUUUUCCCAGCUCCCGCUCAACACUCAAUGCUCGGCGGAAACGCGCAAGCUCUCGCGCAACCUCGGAAACUUCACUAUCAGUUACUGGAUGAAUAUCUGAUUGAUGAGAUCCUCUCGUUGGAGGACGAGCAGCGCACUCGGGGCAGCAAACCACACCAAACACCGCUGACCGCCCCGUACUCUUGUGCAGACAAUUUGACGAAUCUCUUCUCGCAAGGAAGACCGAUUCCCGGAAACAACUCUUCAGGUGGUUCAGGCCACUCAGGCUCACCCGUCGGAAUGGGAAUCCCGGGCGCGAUGCAAUUCCGCCACGUCGUCUCCUCGUCAGCUCCCUCCUCAUCGGAUAUGGAUCAAUUGGUACGUGGCUCGUCGCAAGGACCCGUUCCCAGUGCCGAUGAUCCGGAACACUACCGCGAUCGCAGAAAGAAGGACAUUCACAAUAUGAUUGAACGCCGUCGUCGCUAUAAUAUCAACGACCGAAUCAAAGAAUUAGGAGUUAUGCUGCCUAAAGGAGCCUCCGAAGCCGAAUUCAGAGAGAUGAAGUUAAACCAAGGGACGAUUCUCAAAGCAUCUUGUGACUACAUUCGACAAUUGCAAAAGGAUCGAGAUAGCAUGAUUAAACAACAGCAACAACAAAACAAAUUGGAAAACGCUGCGAAACACUACGCCGAUCGAGUCAGGGAACUCGAGGAGAUCUUGGCGAAAAAUGGCCUCAACGCGCCCACCAAAGCGCUUCCUCCACUCCCAGCCAUCCCCUCCGCUCCUCGACCAAUCAAACAGGAGAUCGAAGAGAGUCGAAAUCAAACACCAUGCGGAUCACUUUCCUCAUCGGGUUUUAUGUCACAACUCUCUGACACGACGGCUGCGAUCGCCUCGCCGCUAGGACGGAUCCAUUAUGGAUCCGAUCAAUUCUUUGGCUCAAGUCCACAAGAUUAUCAGACGCCACAAUGGAGAUACCGCCCCGACCACCACAGAGGGAUGCACCACGGGCCAUUCCCCGAUUUGAUCAUGGAGUCGUGUCUUGAGAACAAUCCACUCCUCCAUUCGGACCCGUUGAUGUCACAAGCCGGUAGCCCGUGGCCAAACCUUGCCGCCAGUCAGAUGAGCCCCGAUAUCUCGUGGGAUCCAUCGAAUUUCAGCCCCGACGGGAACACCCAACCGAUGCACGCCAAUCACAAUAUGGAUUAUUCA